AUGGAAGACGUGAACCUGGGAAAUUCACAUGAACCUACAGUCUCAUCUGAAGUCAACGAGCUGAAGAAGUACCACAGUCAGCCAGAGCACACCCAUUCACUCCCCCUUUCUUCAAACUCUUCCAAUACACGGAAGUGCUACAGAUGUAACGGCCCACGUGCACAUGAAUGCCUAAAGAACUCAAUCGAAGGAAGCUUUAACAAAGGCAAGGCCAACAUCAACGUCGUCGAAUACUACGCUCAGACGAUGGUUUCUCAAUACACGGAGAAUUUCAAAGAAGAAAUGGGGCAAGGUACACAUUCAAUUCAAAUGCGGGAAGAUGAUACACAGAUCCCGACGUUCAAGUGCACGUUCAAUUCAAGUAAAGGAAGAUGCUACACAGAUCCUUUACGUUUCAAUUCAAAAGAAGGAAGAUGUUACACAGGUCCUUCUCAGUUCAAUUCAAUCAGAAGAUGCUACACAGAUCUCCUGGACGACAAAGUACAAUUGUCGCUUUCAAUUGGCCAUGAUCUACAGAUCAUGCAAUCCCAGAUUCCUCAGAGAAUCAAAGAGCUUCCCAAGAAUUCCCCUUUCAAGGACCCUGAUCCAUGUCCAUGUUCAGAAAACUCAGUCACGGAUACAUCAGUUGGCCAUAACUCAUUCAAUGGAUCCCUGAAGGUCAGGAAAGAACAUUCCAAACCCAUUCAUGGAGCCAGACCUCAUUCCUUUACAAAGGGAGAGAUGGUCGCGAUACAACUUGUUACUGGAAAACAAGUCACUGGGAAACUCAUUCAACUACGGAAACGAGUACACGAAGACUACGAGUACGAUGAGAUGGUGGAAGAAGUGAAUAGUACACCCCCGGCAAGUUCCUCUUCUAAUCUAUUCGCCUAUUUUCCGGUUCCGAACCGAUCCAACGGACCUGAAGACCGCAAUCCACUAGCCCGUCGAGUAGAACCCAAGCCAAAAUGCCAAGAAGCUACCGGACUACAGUCAACUCUCCACCUACCGAUCCAAGCGCUGAUCCUUCUUCACAAAGGGAGAUGUUGA